AUGGCUUCCCCUUCUCCCGACGCUCCCCCCGACGACCACGCCGUCCCCCAUCCCCUCCCCGACCACGACGAGCGACCUACCUUGUGCGACCUGCCCUUCGACGUCUUCUUCGAGCUGCUCAACUAUGUGUCCGCCACCGAGAUCACCUUUCUCCUCAGCACUUGUCGCACCCUCCACCGAUACGUCCAUCAGGUCUCCAUCUGGCAGCGCCUCUGUGCCCGCUACGGCUUGCGCACAACUCACGGUAGAUCGUUCUUCACGACGUACACACAACUGCUGCAUCCCUACGGGCCCCUGCUUGGAAUAUGGGCCAGCGAUCAUCCAUAUUACGGGAACAUCGUCGAGUUCCGCCUCCUCCCCGACGACCAGAACGCCCCAGGCGGCAUAGUCGGGGAAGUUUGGAGAUUCCCCACCAGGCAGUUCGAUGGCAAGGCGCCAUCGUUUCCUGAAUAUUCUCGCGUUCUCAACAUUUCAUUCUCCUCUGAUUCGCCACUCCCAGGAGCAAACGAAGAGUGCGCAACGCCGGUAGUCACCUCGGUGUGCUGUGGUGCCCCAAACCCCGCCAGGAUCACCAAGGACAACACAGAUAUUCCUUUGCACUCGGCAUCCAUCGAGAUUGUAUCUCCUUCCCCUCAUGCUUACUUCCUGCAGGAAUAUCGCAGAACAUACAUGCAUCCAGAAUUCCCCGCCGAGGCCGCAGACUGGUACGACACGGAACGCGAGCUCCCUCACGUGCCAAAGUCGACCAUCGCGAUACAAGACCAGCGUCAGCUGGUCAACAUCUACCCCGCCGUCCGCCUCCCGCUCAUCUUCACGUCCAUCACGGCGCGUACAAAGCCAGCCGCGAUCUCCAUCCGUUGCCAUGUCGCAGGCUGCGAGUCUCUGCAGAUGCCGCUGCCCUUUGACGACAUGAUCACUGCCCCUCCGCGCUACUACCCGCUGAGGCGAGACACCCAGGAGGGCAUCGAUCCCGAUGACGCGGAAUGGUCCCUCCAAUCCCUCACGGGGCUCUGGCUCGGCGAUUAUGGGCGGAGCGGGACAGAGUGCCUGCACGUAACCUGGCGCCAAGACUUGGACGAGCUCCGAGCAUACAAGCUGACCGGCGAUGCCCACGUCCCGCGUGGAGUAUGCACUUGGACAGUGAUGUCGCAGCCCGCGGAAAUGUCGUCUGCUGCACUGCAAAACUCGCACGCUGUUGCACGAGCCUUCCGCGGUGUCGGCACGAUCAGCCUGCGCGGUUUCCCGGCCGCGACAGCCGUGGAGCUGGUCGUGGGCAUCGUCGGAGCCAACGAGAUUCGCAUAUGGUGGGAUCAGGUCAACGACUGGAGGACAUAUGUCCGAUACACGGGCCGCGACCACAUCUCAUGA